GCCGCCGCCGCCGCCUCCGCACGCCAGCAGCUGCCCCCGCCAGCAUGCUGUGCGCCGUCUUCGCUGCCGUCCUCGUGUGCGCCGCACUAGCUCCCACAGGUGGCGCGGUGAAGUGCUACCGGUGCGCGAUGGGCGACCCGCGGUGCGGCGGGCCCGGCAUGGACCUGUCCGAGGUGCCGACGGAGAACUGCACGCUGGCCGCCGUCGCCACGGGGCUCACCGAGUCCGUGGGCGAGGACCGCUUCCCCAAGAUCGAGAGCGAGGCGGGCAUCGGCUCCUUCAGCCUGCCGGAGGCCACCGCCGCCGCCAUCCCACUCGGCUGCCUCAAGCUCGAGAAGCGGAACGUGACGACGGGAGAAGUGAGCACGGCGCGGCACUGCAUCUGGCUGGGCCACGACGACGUUGAUGCGUGCGCCGCCAUCAGCGCCUCUGCCGACGUCACGUACUGCGCCAUCUGCGACUACGACCUGUGCAACGCGGCCGGCCUGCCAGCCGUGACGUCACUGCUGCAGCUGCCACUGUGGGCGCUCGCCCUGCGACUGCUUUCGCCCUGAGACCAGGGCGCCACCCAUGCAAUGGAUCCUCCCCACUGGGGCCGUCUGAGGAACUCGUACUUAAGCUAUUUAUUUGAUACAGACACGUAUACAACUUGAACACAUAAAGUACAUUGGAACAAUAUAAAUAGAUGUAGGAUGAAAAUAGUUUCAUUAUUAUUUUGCUAAAAAUAUACUGUAAGAUUGUGAACGUGCGAUCGCUGUACACGGUGAUCUGAAGAGGAGCGAACUUGAUAAUCAGUAGGAACAAACACUGUCUUUGGAUAUCGGUUUCCGGAAGAGUGACAAGGGAAUUUCUAGGAAGGCACCGUCGGUUUCCUCGCCAAUUUUCGAUGUAUUUUGUUCCUUUGGAACUGCUUACAACUUUUAUGUCUCUUUCUCGCCAGUUUUCAACUAGAUCGGCGUUUUUGUCUACGAUCUUUUUGACUGUCUCUUUUUUUCUUUCUCUGGGACCAAUUUCUGUGAUUUCGUUUAUCAUUCAAGUCUUCCUAUUAUUUUUUUCUCUAUUUACCUUAUGACGACUCUCUUUCUGUUCAUAGUAUCUCCUUUACGUCUUUUACUAUCAUACUAUCAGAUUUAACUGGCAAUUCAAUUUAUUUUCACUAAAAGCUUUGCAAGUUAUUAAAAUUUGUGAAACAAUCACGUGUCGUCUUUCUUAGUUCCCUUUUCAUCACUUCACACAAUCAGUCAAGUUUAAUUUGUCAGGAAUACGAGUUUUAGAGAAUUCUUGUAGUUGUCAUAAAAACUGAACAUGCCUAGAUACUGUUAUAGUGCUACUAAAUACCGAAAAUUUUUUUAAAAAAGAAAAAGGAACAGCAAAUGAAAUGACUAUGUGCUCUUAAACGAAAUGUGUGUUCAGGUUCAAAUCACGUUAUGGAUUCUCCACAGAACACAAAAGUCACUUCUUAGGGGUGUGAUUGCUGAGCCACAGAAAAGCAAUACCGAUGCCUGGUCUUUGCAAAAAACGACAAUACGUCCCAGCAUUCUACUGCAGAAAAGUCCUAGCUCAAACCGACUAGAAAAUAUACCCACUGCUACGUUGUACCCAUAAAUUCGCAGUUUAGCGCUUCCGUCAUAAAAACAGUUUCUUAAACAGACCAUUUACUGUUCCAGUUUUACCCUUUCCUCUAAAUAUGUUUAGCAUGUCUCAUUGCAUUCCUCGAGAGAGAAGAAUAUGCAGCACUACAUUUCUCUUUAUCUGAAACAACUCGGCGCCGUAACGUAGGAGAAAAUGUGUGUGUAAGAGAUCGAUUCUGUUCUUAAUGGAAUUUGUUAACAGAUAAAAUAGUCGUCUAGUAAUCAUAGCAGUCCUUCAUUACCUGAUACUUAUGGAAGAAUUCAACAACCCGAGCUUCUCUUGAUAAAGCCCAAUACAAAUGCUCACCUUCGGAUAACCGUGUUACCACGCUGACUUUAUUAUAUUCUGCCCUUCUACAUGAUGUAUAUAGCAGAGCCUUUUAAAAAUAAAAAACAGGUUUCAGAAACUAUUCUCUGCGUCACAAAGCUGCCUUAACUGUGUAAAUAUAAUUAAAAGCCACUGUUGUCGCUUAUCUAGUUCCAAAUACCCUUCCUUCUUAGAAGUAAUGUUCCCAUUUUCAUUUUUUUCCUCGGACCUUACAUAGUUCUCAACUAUUGCGUCCUUUUCAUUUGUGGACAAUUUAAACUGGAUGUAACGAAAAGGAAUAACACUGUUUCAUCAACUUGGUUGGUAUUCACGUUGUGUGUAUAUAUGUUUGCUGUAACGAAUAUGGUGGUUUAGCUUUAUGACUGAACUCACUGUGCCUGCUACGUGCCUGAAUAAAGAGCAAAUUUUCAUGUUAUGUAAAUACAUGCCUAUAGCAGCAGAGUCCUUCGAUGUAUUUUCAAAAUAUUUGUAUUUACAUAAUGGAAUCAUUGUAGUGUCUGUUUACUAGUGCCUAGUGUCAGUAAAUGGUGUAGAAUUUUAAUAUAUGGAUUUUGCUGCAAGUCCGCGAUGACAAUGUUUUUUAUAACAGAGGAAGGCACUUGAAAAGUAUUACAGUACACAAUUUUUCAUGACAAACACGGGUCUUACAUAACGGAGCUUCAGCGAAUAGGUUUAAAAUGUUUGUUCUGAAUACUAAUAUUAUACACAUAUAUAUUCAACGAAAUGCAAUACUCAAAGUGUGUAAUGCAAACACUCGAUACAUGAGAUCGUAUUGUAACUUCCCGGCAGUGUUAAUGUACAAGAGUACCGUAUAUAACAAAAGGAAGGGUAAUUAUUGUGUGUGGUAGCAGAAAAUGGAUAAUCUUUUUCAUGUAACAGAAAUUUUAUGUCAGUUUACUGCAUCUGUUGUUCAUGGAUGUGACACUUAAAUUUAGCUUUUAAUUAUGUAAAAAACUGUGCUGUUUGUAUUUAUUAUACUCAAAGGGGGAUUGUAUCUGAAUAAAUUUAUUUUACCUAUCCCAA